UUUUUCUUGUAUCUUUUCCGCCCUCAAAUACAUAUAAUUUUUUUCACUCACACAAAUUGCCUUUCCUUUUUCAGGUUCCCUUUUCAUUUGGUUUUGUAAUGAUGAGCUCGACGCCGAAUCAAACUCCAAACGCAUCCGAGCAAGCAAGGAAACGACAGACUCGCAGGGACGAGAAUAUCCGCAAAAAGGCAGAAACCGACCUCAACAAAAAGAUGAACCAAAACAGACAAAGGGCCGCCGCCGCCGCCGCCGACGCACCGCAGAACUCGGGCGCAGGGGCAGGCAGCUCAGGUGCAGCCGGACGCAAGCGUGGGCCGGCCGUGGCAGCCGGCACAGUGGCAGCGCUGCGGCCAGCGCCAGCGCUGACAGUGCGUGAUGGUAUCUCGAUUACCGAGGCAGCGCAGCUGAUGGCGGCAAAGCGUGCAGACAGCGUGCUCGUGGUCGACGACGAGGAGCGGCUUGCAGGCAUCUUCACAGCCAAGGACGUGGCAUUCCGCGUCGUGGCCGAGGGCCUGGACGCCAGGACAACGCACGUGCGCGACAUUGCGACGCGCGACCCGCUGUGCGUAACCAGCGACACGCCGGCGACAGACGCACUCAACACGAUGGUUGCACGUGGGUUCCGGCAUCUGCCGGUGUGCAACGAGGAGGGCGACGUUGUCGGGUUGCUGGACGUCAUCCGCUGCAUGUACGAGGCGCUGGACAAGAUGGAGCGCGCGCACAAGUCGUCCAAGGCCUUGUACGCGGCCAUCGAGGGCGUCGAGAAGGAGUGGAGCGGCCAGUCGGCGCAGAUGCUCAACUUUGCCAGCACGCUGCGCGAGCGCAUGAGCUUCCCCGACAUGACCACAGUGCUAGACGGCAACGACCCGGUCAUUGUCAGCCCCAAGACGCCCGUUAUGGAGAUUGCGCGGCUGAUGCGCGCGCACCGCGUCACUGCCAGCCUAGUGGUCGACGAAGACACCGGCAACAUUGCCGGCAUCUUCACAAGCAAGGACAUUGUGCUGCGCGUCAUCGCCGCCGGCCUCGACCCGCGCACCUGCAGCGUCGUGCGCGUCAUGACACCGCACCCAGACACUGUGCUGCCGACGACAUCGCUGAUCGACGCGCUCAAGCGCAUGUACGAGCGCCACUACCUCAACUUACCGGUCGUCGACGAGGCCGGCGAGAUUAUGGGCCUGGUCGACGUGCUGCGCCUGUGCUACGCUACGUUGGAGCAGAUGAAGUCCAUCCAGGGCAGCGGCAACGAGGACCUCAAUGCCGCCGGCGGCCCCAUGUGCGGCACGCUGCCGCCGGAGCUCGGCGGCCCCGCGUCGACCAUCAGCGACACUAUACAUCACUCGCAGGUGGGCGCGUAUAGCCAGGGCGCGCCGUCCUUCGUCGACGGCACCGCGCGCCUCGCGUCCGAGGUGUACCCGAAUGAGUCAGCAUCGAUGAUCGAGGACAUCCACUCGGCAGUCAACUCGCGCGUCGGCGAGCAGGAGAUCUACGGCUACGGGUACCCGGAUCCCAACGCCGCCCAGUACGCCGCGUACAACAGCCAAAUGAUGAUGAUGCAGCAGGCGCAGCAGCUCCAGAUGCAGCAGCAAAUGCAGCAGCAGAUGAUGCAGAUGCCCGGCCACUUUAACGCCGCGCAGCAGGCGUACUCUAACCUGGGCAGCCAGACCAUGUUCAGCCAGCACGGUCAGUCGCAGGCGCAGCUGCCGGGCGCUCCUGACGGCCACUACGUGUUCAAGCUGAAGACACCGUCAGGCAAGACCCAUCGCUUCACGGCGCCCUCCACGGACCUCGACUUUGUGCGCACAGCGUGCGUCAAUAAACUCUUGUCCGAGGGAGUGCGAGAGGCACAGAUCAUUGUUGACGAGUCCGGUCUGGCAUAUGUCGACGACGAGGGCGAUUUCGUGCACAUUACUGGUGCUUCGGACUUGGCUGAUGCCAUUGAUUUGGCUAAUCGCGAUGGUAAAGGACGCGUUGUGCUCCAGAUCAAUCCCAGAGCGCUGGUGUAUAUUGACGAGAAGGAGGAGGAGAAGGCGGAUACCUCUGCGCUAGCUAGUGGCGAGGCCCUCGGCCCCCUGGGUAUUCCCGAAAAGUACCUGGUGCCCACAGCCGUUGGCGGCGGAUUCGUCACCGCCCUCUUCUGCGUCUGGCUGGCUGUGAAGCUCUCCAAGAACUAGACAUUUGCCUCACGCAUAGUUUUUGGUUCAUAUGUGCGAUUGAAUUUUUAUGAAUAAAUGAAUGAAAC